AUGACGUCUACCAGUCUGCAUGUCAUCGCCCUGAUCUCGGGCGGCAAAGACUCGUUCUUCUCUAUCCUGCACGUGCUGGCGAACGGACACCAUCUCGUCGCCUUGGCCAACCUACACCCCCCCGAGCAGGAUCUCGACAGCUUCAUGUACCAGACUGUUGGUCACUCUAUUAUUCCGUUGUAUGAGGAUGCCCUUGGCAUUCCCUUGUAUCGCCAUGCAAUUAGUGGCAGCGCUGUCAACAGCAGCAGAGAUUAUGCACCUCCGUCAUCACCGGAUGAGACGGAGUCCCUGAUUCCCCUCCUCCAAACCAUCAUGGCCGCCCACCCCUCUGCAAACGCUAUCUCGACUGGCGCCAUCUUGAGCACAUACCAGCGUACGCGCGUUGAAUCUGUUGCCCUGCGCCUUGGCCUGGUUCCUCUCUCGUAUCUGUGGCAGUACCCCUAUCUUUUCCCCUAUGCAGACGCGUCUCUGUUGCAAGACAUGAGCAUCGUCGGCCAAGACGCUCGCAUCAUCAAGGUUGCUUCGGGCGGUCUGGACGAGAGUGUCUUGUGGGCCAAUGUAGCUGAUAGCAAGGUGAUACGUAGGCUUGAGCAUGCUGUGAGACGGUUCGGUGGAGAGGGGGCGGUGCUGGGCGAGGGUGGGGAGUUUGAGACGUUGGCUCUUGAUGGGCCCAGCGUGUUGUGGAAGAGGAGGAUUGAGGUCGAUGUUGGUGAUGCCGUGGUUGGCGAGGGAGGGAGUGCGACGUUGCGGCUCAGGGGGGCCAAGACUGUCGAGAAAGAGCAUGGUGUUGACACGCUUGAGGACUUGAGGAUACCGCCGUUGCUUGACGAUGAGUUUGCAGCUCUCUUGUCGCAGAGCAACACAGAAGCGCCCAGUUCAGACACGACCCAUCGUGUCGAUACUACGGCCUCUCAACAACAAAGAAGUUCACGAUCGAUAUCAUCACACACUACUAGCUCUCCUCGCACGCCAAUCCCUCUCCUCCCAUGGCGAAUCUCCCAGGCCGGCACAACCAUCUCCAUCUCAAACAUGACAUCCCCUUCACUCUCCCCAUCGCCCCAACUUCCCCCUAUCCUCUCCAGACUCACCAGCAUCCUCCACUACCUCCACCUUCUCCCAACACACGUCAUACAGACCACAAUCCUCCUCCGCGACAUGUCCUCCUUUGCCGCCGUAAACACUCUCUACGGCGCCUUCUUCCCCGAGCCCCUCCCUCCGGCACGCAUCACCCUCGCCGCAGGCCCCUUGCUCCCCGAAAAUACCGACAUUGCAAUGUCGAUGCUCAUCGACGCCCGUAGUGCUCGUCAUCUAUACACGCCGUCCACCCUUGCAGUCCUGAACCGCACCCUCGCAGUCUUGCGCCCUGACACAGCGCUCGCACUCGCUCCCAUACCCACACCACCUGCCGUUCCCGACGACGACAACGAUGACAACGACCACCACCACCACCGUCCCACCGCCCCAAAACGCGGCCUCCACGUCCAAAGCCACAGCUACUGGGCCCCCGCAAACAUCGGACCUUACUCCCAAGCCAUCGCCCUCCCCCUGCCUUCCACCACCACCACCACCACGUCCACAUCACAACCCCCCGAGCUCAUCCACAUAGCAGGCCAAAUCGGCCUCGUGCCAGCAACCAUGCAUCUCGCCGACAACGCACACCUCCAGGCCGUACUCAGCCUACAGCACCUCUGGCGCAUCGGCCGCGCAAUGGGCGUAGGCACCUUCCUCGGCGGCGUCGCGGCCGUUGCAACUACAACAACAGCAGCAGAAUCCGCAGAGAAGCAUGCUGCAGCAGUCAGACACGCAUGGCACACCAUCCACACCUCCUCGUUCCAUGCCCAGCACCCGCACAUGCACGCUGACGCAAAUAACUCCGAAGUCGAAGACGAAGACACAGACCCCAAUUUCGACAUCUGGCACGCCACCCACGGCGCUGAUAAGUAUACCACAACACCGACCCACCAGCAGAAGCAUGAUAUCCGCCCCCUCCUACCUAACUGGCACACCAUCCGCACAUCACACUCAACACCCACCACAUCCCCUCAAACAACACAUACUACCCAUCAGACCCCCCAACCACCACCACCGCGACCGCCGGUACUAGUCCCGCCGCUCUUCACAGUCCUCGUCUCCGCCCUUCCGCGCGGCGCCGCGUGCGAGUGGAUUGCCACCGGGUUGGCGGGCGGGUGUGUCUCCAUGACCACCAUGACCACCACCACCGCCACCGCUGCCGCCACUGUCGCUACCCACGUCAACGGCGAAGAGGGUAUUGAUGACGGGGAUGGAGAUGGAGGUGGAGGUGGAGAUGGGGAUGGGCAUGGCUAUGAGGAUGGAGAUGGAGAUGGGCAUGGAGAUGGGCAUGGAGAUGGGCAUGGAGGUGGAGAUGGAGAUGGAGAUGGGCAUGGCUAUGAUGAUGGUGUCGACGAGUCGUAUAUCGUCAAAGUUCAAGAUACUGACGUGUGCGUACUCUGGAUUCCGCUGCGUGGUCGUACGGGGGAGGGUCAGAAGGAGGGGCAGAAAGGGGGGCAGAAAGGGGGGCUGAAGGAGGAGCAGAAGAUCGUGCAGUUUGUCAGGGGGUAUAUCCAGCAGCAGCAGCGGCGGCGGCGGUGGGGCGAAGCAGGCAUGGCCAUGGGUGAAGCAGGCAUGGAUGAAGCAGAGAGGAGCGAUGAAAGCUUGGAAAUGGACAUGGACAUGGGGAUAUGGACCGCCUGGCUAGCGGAUACCUUUGAAGAAGAAGAAGAAGAAGAAGAAGAAGAGGGAUACACAGGACGGGAGUGGGAGUGGAUCGCGGAAACGGGAGCUUGUGUAGUGCCGUGUGAGCGGGUUUGGGGUGUUGAUGGGGAGGAGUUGCGUGGGGUUGUUUGUGUGCGG